AUGCAGCACGCGAGUGCGGCAAGCGCGCCGCCGCCAGUGCAGAGCCUGGCCCAAGGGGCGGCUGAGUUUUUCUUGUCGAACUACCGCCUCGGCAAGACGCUGGGCAUCGGCUCGUUUGGGAAGGUCAAAGUGGCGGAACACAUCCUGACGGGCCACAAGGUGGCAAUUAAGAUCCUCAAUCGAAGAAAAAUUCAGGCGAUGGACAUGGAGGAGAAGGGUGAGCAGCUGCACGGAAGCUGCGGCGGAGGCCCAGCCCGAGCCGUGGCUGGGAAUUCAAAAGACAGGGUGGCGCAGCUGGGCAUGUGCACCAGCUACUCUGUCGCGCUGCGGCAAAGCUGA